AUGGCAAAUCCCAUGUCUCUCUUCAUGCUGCAGGUCCUAUCAUUCUUGUUGUUGUAUGUAUUGCUUUUCUACCUUCUCAACGUAAUUUUGUGCAGAUUUCGGCAAGUUCAAAAGUUCUCCGGUCACAGGCCACCCACAUAUCCUAUAAUAGGAUGUUUGAUCUCAUUCUAUAAGAACCGGGCUCGUUUGUUGGAUUGGUAUACUGAACUGCUUGCAGAAUCAGCUACCAGCACUAUUAUAGUGCACCGCCUUGGUGCACGAAGAACCAUCGUCACAGCUAACCCGAAAAAUGUUGAGUAUAUGCUCAAAACCAACUUUAACAACUUUCCCAAAGGGCAGCCCUUCACUGAAAUUCUUGGGGACUUUCUUGGUUAUGGUAUAUUCAACGUGGACGGGGAGCUUUGGCGCACGCAACGCAAGUUAGCUAGCCAUGAGUUUACUGCGAAAUCCCUAAGAGAGUUCUUCAUGAUCACAUUGGAGGAAGAAGUAGAAAAGGGGCUGCUUCCGAUUUUGGAGUCACUGGCGGCUACAGCAGAAGUGUUUGAUUUGCAGGAGUUGCUUAGACGGUUUGCCUUCAACAUGGUCCUUAAGGUUUCAUUAGGGAUUGAUCGAAGUUGUUUAGAUCCUUCCCAACCUGUUCCACCUCUUACAAGAGCUUUUGACAAGGCAUCAGAGAUAUGUGCUAAACGAGGAGCUGCUCCCCUCUUCAUAGUUUGGAAGAUCAAGAAAUGGCUUGGUAUUGGAUCUGAGCGACAGCUCAAGAAUGCAGUUGAGGAGGUUCAUCAUUAUGUUUCCGAGAUAAUCAUUAACAAGAAAUCGAUGAUUAAAAAAGGAAACAAUCGCAACGAAGAUCUCCUUUCUCGGCUUAUAUUGGCAGGCCAUAGAGAGGAGGUGAUAAGAGACAUGGUGAUAAGUUUCAUCAUGGCAGGGAGGGAUACAACUUCGGCCGCAAUGACAUGGCUCUUCUGGUUACUUUCUUGUAAUGCAGAUAUAGAGAAAGAGGUGGUGAAAGAGAUAAAACUUUUAAUGGAAAGAAUGCUAGAUUAUGACUCAUUGAAGGAGCUGAAUUUGUUGAUGGCCUGCCUCUGUGAGUCAAUGAGGCUCUACCCACCCAUAGCCUGGGACUCGAAGCAUGCCAUAGUCAAUGACUUGUUGCCGGACAACACUCCUGUCCUAGCAGGAGAUAGGGUGACUUACUUCCCUUACGGAAUGGGAAGAAUGGAAGCAGUGUGGGGUGAGGACUGUUUCAAGUUCAACCCAGACCGAUGGUUUGUUGAAGCAAAUGACAGAAGAGUACUCCAAGAGGUAUGUCCUUACAAAUUUCCAAUUUUUCAAGCCGGUCCCAGGGUGUGUCUCGGGAAAGAAAUGGCCAUCAUUCAGAUGAAGUAUGUAAUGGCUUCCAUACUUGACCGGUUCCAAAUUAAACCUGUGAGUUCAGCUAAGCCGGUCUUUGUCCCCCUCUUGACCGCUCACAUGGCCGGGGGACUAGAAGUUUUGGUCCAAAAGAGGACUCAGACGAGCAUAAACAAGUAA